AUGGAAACGUCUGAUCUACCAUUGUAUAAACAAAAGGUGGACAGAGAUAGGAUCAAUGUACUUAAUAAUCUUUUACAGUCAAAGUCUAAUCAACUUAGCAAGAGAAUGUUUUCAUUCGAGGGAAACCCGGUCCCUAUUAAUGGUAACGCAAAAAUUGACACAGCAUAUCUGCAGCCAGUUUUAUCGACCAAAAACACAAUUGAAGAUAUCAAGAAUGUGGUUUAUACGAUCAAUACGUCUGGACAUACGUUAAUCGAUACGAUCAAUCACUCAUAUGUCAGCACAGAAAAUAUUCCUUCUUCAUUGCACUUGAAAAAUGGGAACAAUUCUAUAUUCAAUUUAGUUGUUCAUGGUCCCAUAUUUAUUCACGACAUCGACAAAUGUAUACUAGUUUUAGAGGGACAUCAAGUGAGACUACACAAUGUUCGCAACACCUUGGUCUUGGUAAAAUCUGUGGAGAAUAAUAGAAUUGUUAUUGAAAAUUGUGACCAAUUAAUCAUUAAUCAGGGGAUUGAAGUUGAUGACUUUGAUUUUCCUACAAAGGAAUUAAAAAACCCACAUUUCCAAUAUGUUGACAAUAUAGAUAUGGAUAUGGUAUUAAACACUAUCAGUAGUAUCGAUGACUUGUCGGUGAUUGAUGAUUUGUUUAUAAAAGUUGCUGAUCGGGGUUUAGUUAGACGUUAG